GUCGAGGAGUAGCGAAAUUCUGGUGUUUUGCUGAAAAUUCAUACAAUCGAAAUGCGAUUCUUGGCAAGCUUCCUUUUGGUAGCUUACGCCACGUUGGUUGUCGCCCAGUUCGACACCCAUCAAUGGGCAGAUCGGAGCGGCAUUGUGCAUCUUUUCGAGUGGAAGUGGAACGACAUUGCUGAUGAAUGUGAACGUUUCCUAGCUCCCAGGGGUUACGCCGGUGUUCAAGUAUCUCCACCGACCGAAAAUGUGAUCAUCACUGGAAGACCGUGGUGGGAACGUUACCAACCCGCAUCGUAUAACCUAAAUACUCGGUCAGGAACGGAGCAGGAGUUUGCUAAUAUGGUUGCGCGUUGUAAUCAUGUCGGUGUCAGGAUCUACCCUGAUAUCAUCAUUAAUCACAUGGCGGCUACAUCCGGUACUGGUACAGGAGGAUCUAAGGUGGACGUAGAGGCACUGGAUUUCCCGGCCGUUCCGUAUGGAAGCGGUGAUUUCAAUCCGAAAUGUGAGAUCAAUGAUUACAACAACGCAGAAGAGGUUCGUAACUGUUGGCUUGUUGGAUUGCCGGAUUUGAAUUUGAGUAUUGAGUCGGUUCGUAAUCAAAUCAUUGGACUUAUGAAUAAAUGUAUCGACUACGGUGUUGCUGGUUUCCGAGUGGAUGCGGCCAAACACAUGUGGCCAGCAGAGCUUGAAAUGGUGUACGGAGCAUUGCAUGAUUUGAACACUGAUCAUGGUUUCAAGUCAGGAGCAAGAGCGUUUAUCACCCAGGAAGUGAUCGAUUUAGGCGGAGGAGCAAUUAGCAGAGAUGAGUAUACUCACUUAGGAACUAUAACAGAGUUUCGAUUUUCAGCUGAAAUCGGGCGAGUUUUCCGCGGAAAAGAUAAACUAAAAUGGCUUUCCAGCUGGGGAGAAGAUUGGUCGUUUUUAUCAUCACAUCUUGCUUUGGUAUUUGUCGAUAAUCACGAUAAUCAGCGUGGACACGGUGCGGGUGGAGAUAACGUUCUAACGUACAAAGAUCAAAAACAGUACAAGAUGGCAACGGCGUUCACACUGGCACAUCCAUUCGGCAUUCCUCGAAUGAUGAGUUCUUUCGCAUUCGAAGAAAGUGAUCAGGGUCCACCGCAGGACGCGGACGGAAACUUGAUAUCUCCGUCGAUUAAUGCCGACAAUUCUUGUGGUAACGGUUGGGUUUGCGAGCACCGUUGGCGCCAGAUGUACAACAUGAUUCAGUUCCGUAAUACAGUCAGAGGAACUAAUUUGAAUGAUUGGUGGGAUAACGACGACAGUCAAAUUGCAUUCUGCCGCGGUGGAAAAGGCUUUGUGGCGUUUAACAAUGAAGAGAAUAACUUCUACCACCGGCUGCAGACGUGCCUUCCCGCAGGAACCUAUUGUGACGUUAUCACUGGAAGUAAGAUUGACGGAAGCUGCUCCGGUGGCAGUGUUAGCGUUGGAAGUGACGGCUACGCUGAUAUCUACAUUGCUGGUGAUGCAUAUGAUGGCGUAUUGGCGCUUCAUAUCAAUGCAAAACUGUAGGCUAGCCUGAAUGGGAGCUACUGUUUACUGAUUACAUUCAAUUGAGAUGUUAGCUCAACCAACAUUAUUGAAAGCGAAUUCUGCAUUCCUAAUAAAAUAGUUGUUCUUAUUCUUGUCA